AUGAGGGAGAAUUCCCCGAGGAGGGCGGGGUCUCYGCUGGGCCUCGUCCCGAGUCGCACUAAGGCGCGUCAGCGGCUCAAAACACGGCCGCCYGUGGCUCCGGGGCAGCCACAGGCACGACACCGGGGUUCCUGCGCCGACAGUCUCGGAUUUCUCUUCAAACCCCGCUUCCCUCACAGGACGGCCCGACCUCCCUCCCCACCGCGCUCGGCUUUGUCGCCCCCUCCCCGCCGCCAUCUUCACUCCUGGCAGCCCCCACGCCCUCCCGCCUGUGCCGCCACUCGUGCCCCGGCGGCGCAGCAAGACCAGCGGGACCCCAGCGCGAGUACGGCAGGAGCGGCCGAAGGGCAAGAAGAAGCCUCCGUCAGCCGCACGGCUCCAACAAAGGUGCCGGUGCAGCCCGUGCCCGUGUCCSGCAUAGAACCGCCGCCCGCCCCGCACAGCCCCUCCGUGCCCUUCCCCAACAUGGCGCCGUUCGGCUCAGUUUACCGCGCGCAGGCUGGUGACGUCAUUGCACAGCGCCCGUUUCCAUGGGAACCGGAGGCGCGGGCGGUGGGAGCGGGACGGCUGCGACCCUCGGGAGCGACCCCCGAUCCCCUCGGGAGCGACCCCCGAUCCCCUCGGGAGCGAACCCCGAUCCCCCCGGGAGCGACCCCCGAUCCCCCCGGAGCGAACCCCGAUUCCCCGGGAGCGACCCCCCGAUCCCCUCGGGACCGCCGGGCCCUCUCCGGUCCCGGCAUGUUCGCGGACGUGACGGCUCCCGGUGCCGAUGUGCAGUCGCUGUGGAGGAGCGCCCGGAGCGCGCGCUGCGAGGCGAAAUCUUGCCAGACUGGGAAAAUUUCAACAGCAGAAGCUGCAGCACAGUCUCAUACAGCCCAAGAUGCUGCAGUGCAGACGGAGCAAAGCAAAGAUUCUGUCCAAAACGUCCAGCAAGAAGUCCAAGUAGAUUACACUGGCCUUCUGUCAUUCCUUCAGAGAGUGGAGGAUACUGUUAUCAAAGAGCUGAACAAAAACUGGAAAAGCCACGCCUUUGAUGGCUUUGAAGUGAACUGGACAGAUCAGGAUGAAACAGUGYUGUGUUUGCACACAUUGUCAUACCCAGAGGCUCAGGAUCAAAACCUGCAGGUCACCAGUGUCUCAUGGAAUGCAACAGGGUCUGUCAUUGCGUGUUCCUAUGGCCGGUUGGAUGAUGGGGACUGGAGCACAGAAAAAUCCUACGUUUGUACCUGGAAUCUGGACAGAAGRGGAUUGAAUCCACAGCACCCUGACCUGGUGGUGGAUGUUCCCAGCUCUGUCAUGUGCCUGGCUUUCCAUCCCUCCCAGCCAUCACUGAUAGCUGGUGGCCUGUUCAGUGGGGAGYUGGUGGUGUGGGACACCAGCAGGACAGAAGACCCUGUGGUCUGGAGGACAGGGAUGACAGAUGACACCCACACUGACCCAGUCUAUCAGGUUAAUUGGUUACCUGAGAAGCACAGAAACCACCCCCGGCUGYUGAGCGUGUCCACAGAUGGGAAGAUCCUGGUGUGGAGGGAGGAACGGGAUGGGCGGCUGGCCUUGGCCGAAGGAUUUGCCAUCGUGGCUCAGCAGAUYCCUCGCAGCACUCGGCUGAAGAAGAUGGCCUGGGGAGAGGCAGCCGUGGGGGUGACCUCGCUGUCCUUCUCYCACUUUGAUCCCGGUGUGUUCAUUGUGGGAGUGGAAGGUGGGUAUUCCCUGAGGUGCUCCACUGCAGCCCAGACUCCAGCUCUCCCACAUCCCGGUGGCUCCGUUCCCCUCAGGGCACCGGCAGAACUCGCCUUCUCCAGCCAUGCUGGGCCUGUCUACUCUGUGAGCUGCUCACCCUUCCACAGGAACCUCUUUCUGAGCUGUGGGACCGACGGACAAAUUCACUUACACUCCAUGUUGCAGACACAGCCCCUGUUUGCUCUACAGUUAUCAAAGAAAUACCUGUUCUGUGUACGCUGGUCUCCAGUUCGACCACUGGUUUUUGCAGCUGCAUCUGGGGAAGGAGAGGUGCACCUGUUUGACCUGGGGAGGAGCAUGCAGAAGCCCACUGUGUCCCUGAAGCAGUCCGUGAGUGACUGCCCMGUGUACUGUUUGGAAUUUAACACCAAGCACACGCGGCUCCUGGCAGCAGGGGAUGCUGCUGGGACAGUCAGAGUCUGGCAGCUGAGCUCUGACUUCACCGAGCAGGGACCAAGGGAAAUGAAUCACCUGGAGCAGCUGGCAAGUGAGAUCAUGGACUAAUGAAGCAGAACAGACAAUGAAGCAGUACAACAGCUCCAGGAACAGCUCCCCACUCACCUGCUCCUGUGUUGGCCCGGAAAACACAGGUAACCAACAGSUGGAGUUGCCUCCAUGUAACAGUUAAAUUUGCAUUUAGCCAUUAAACACUAAAGAUGAUGUGGUUC